UGCUGAAUGACCAAUUUCUAUUCCCUUUUGGAACCUCAGUUUAGCUCCGUUUAACCCUCCCGAUUGUGAUUUGUCCUGUUUUACCCUCCCAACCCCCGAAAGCCACCUCCACCCUCUCCCUCCCAACAUCAAACAGCAGUUCCCGAUUUCUAUUCCUGUUUCACUUUCAUUUGGUUGUUUAUUUUUAGAACUCUCAUUUGACAGUGAAUUACCAAAAAAGUGGUUAGUUUGGCAUUGAUUUGUCCGUUUUCAAAGAUGAGAAGCCAUUUGAAUUUAAGGGAUGUGAAGGCGGAAGAAGUGCGAGAGGCUACUUUGGAUGCCGUUGCUGAAACUCUCAGAACUUCCUCUUCCCUCAGGGUUUCUGAAGAUGGUUUCGAUCUUUCAGGGAAGAAAAGUUGGUAGAAGCACCGCACUAUUUGAGCCUGAAGAAUUGUUAGAGCAAUUAGACAGUAGAACAAUUGCUGCAUCACCAUUUGAGUUUAAUGUCAAGAUGGAAGAUGUAGAAGCCUUUUUUGGUAAAUAUGCUAAGGUAACUAGUGUGAGGUUACCUCGUCAUGUAGCAAACAAAAAGUAUUUUUGUGGCACUGCUUUGAUUGAAUUCUCAGCUGAGGAAGAUGCACAAAAGGUUUUGGAGCAAAGCUUGGUUUAUGCAGGCGCUGAAUUGCAACUGAAACCUAAGAAGGAUUUUGAUGCUAUAAGAGAAGAAGAAGCAGAAGAAUAUGAGGAUAAUCAUCCAGUCACAGGUUCGAAUAGAGAUAACCGUUCGAAUGCAGGUCACAAAUACCCCAAGGGCUUGGUUGUUGCAUUUGCAUUGAAGAACAUUUCAGGUGGGGACUCUGCAGAGAAAAAUGGUUCUGAUGAACCUGCAAAGGAUGGUGCUACUGAGAAGAAUGAAGAGAAGACUACAGAAAAUGACGAAGAUAACAAAGAUAAGGUUGAUGAUAAACAACCUGUGUCGGGUGACGAAACGGAGAACAAAAGUCCCGUCCAGAAGGAUGAGGGAACAGAACAUAAAAACACUGCAUCUGUUUUCAAAGACGAGAUGAAUGUUGUUUUACGGGAAGAUUUGAAGGAGGCCUUCCAAAAAUUUGGUACUGUGAAGUAUAUUGACUUAAAAGCUGGUGAGGAGAAGGGUUACAUUCGGUUUGAUGAACCUGAAGUAGCCCAGAAAGCUCGUGCUGCUGCAGUUCUGGCUAAUGAAGGUGGUCUGGUUGUCAAAAAUUUCAUUGCCACUUUAGAACCAGUUACUGGUGAUGCCGAGAGAGAAUAUUGGAGUUUACUUCGAAGUAACCAAGAAAAGCACCGUGGAAACAAGCGCUUCCAAGGAAGGGGAGGAAAGCACUUCAGAGGCGGAAAGCGUGGCCGGGGAAGAGAAAACUAUUCACCAAACAAAGCUAGAAGAAGUUGAGGGACAUGAGAGUGAUCCAUCUAUGCACGUUAGAUGGAUUUAUGGGGAGAGCGGCCACACAAUAAGCCAUGGGUGCUUGUUUAUUUCCUGGUUUAUGCCUUUUACUUAGGGUCUGUUUGAUUGCCAGUAAAAUAUUUUCCGUAAAAUGAUUUCGAAAAAAUGUUUUACUUUUCUGUAAAAUGAUUUAUUGGAAAAUAUUUUCUGGUGUUUGAUUGAAUCUGUGUAAAAUAUUUUCGGCUGUUUGGCAGAUUUCUUGGAAAUAUUUUUCGAAAAAAUUGUUUUUACAUAUAUUGAUAUAUAUUAAUAAAUUUUUAUAUUUUAAAUUAUUUUUACAUA